GCGGCGGGCGACUGCUCCGCCGCAGCGACCCGCGGGCCAGCGGGUAAGCGAACCAAAGCAGGACCCGCGGCUGGGCCCGCGGCCGCCGCCGGACCGGGAGCCAGGCCGUCGCCCCCAGCCCAGCCCCCGGGGCCUCAAGACCGCCGGGGCCUGGCCGCUAGCCGGGCGUGCGCCAAGUUCAGCCGCCGACGGCACGGCCAGGCCAGCAUGGUGGACCACUUGAUGCCAGUGGACGAGACCUUCUCGUCGCUGAAAUGCCCGAUUGGCUAUCUGGGUGGCAGGCUGGCCAGUGGGCGGGCAUACCACAGGCUGCCCUCGCCCCUCUCAGAGGAUGACAGCGACGCCUCCAGUCUCUGCUCCUGUGCCAGCCCAGACUCACAGGCUGUCUGCUCCUGCUACGGUGGUGGCCCGGGUGCUGAAGGCCAGGACAGCAUCUUGGACUUCCUGCUGUCCCAGGCCACACUGGGCAGUGGUGGUGGCGGUGGCAUCGGGGCCAGCAGUGGUCCCAUGGCCUGGGGGGCCUGGCGGAGGGCACCGGCACCUGGGAAGGGAGAGCAUUUCUGCUUCCCUGAAUUUCCUGUGGGCGACCCCGAUGAUGUCCCAAGGCCCUUCCAGCCCACCCUGGAGGAGAUUGAAGAGUUUCUAGAGGAGAACAUGGAGCUGGGGGUCAAGGAAGCCCCAGAGAGCAACAGCAAGGACUCGGAGGCCUGCGGCCAGUUCUCAGCAGGGCCCCAUAGGAGCCACCUCCAUCCUGGGUCCGGUGGGAGAGAGCGCUGCACCCCCCCUCUGGGCAGUGCCAGUGUGGGUGGCAGCCAGAGCCCAGGUGGGGGGCCUGCAUCUGAUGGCCCCAUCCCCGUGCUGCUGCAGAUCCAGCCUGUGCAGGUGAAGCAGGAAUCAGGCACGGAGCCUGCCUCCCCUGGGCAGGCCCCAGAAAGUGUCAAGGUGGCCCAGCUUCUGGUCAAUAUCCAGGGUCAGACCUUUGCACUUGUGCCCCAGGUGGUGCCCUCUUCCAAUGUGAACCUGUCCUCCAAGUUCGUGCGUAUUGCCCCUGUGCCCAUCGCUGCCAAGCCCGUUGGGUCGGGACCCCUGGGGCCUGGCCCCACCGGCCUACUCAUGGGCCAGAAGUUCCCCAAGAAUCCUGCAGCAGAACUCAUCAAAAUGCACAAAUGUACUUUCCCCGGCUGCAGCAAGAUGUACACCAAAAGCAGCCACCUCAAGGCCCACUUGCGCCGGCACACAGGCGAGAAGCCCUUUGCCUGCACCUGGCCGGGCUGCGGCUGGAGGUUCUCCCGCUCGGACGAGCUGUCGCGGCACCGGCGCUCGCACUCGGGCGUGAAGCCCUACCAGUGUCCUGUGUGCGAGAAGAAGUUCGCGCGGAGCGACCACCUCUCCAAGCACAUCAAGGUGCACCGCUUUCCCCGGAGCAGCCGCUCGGUGCGCGCAGUGAACUGAGCGCCCGCCAGCCCCCGCCCCCUCCUCCGCCCCCUCUCCCGCCCCGUUAUUUUGUAGCAAUAAUUUAUUUGCCUCUUCAGAGGGACGUGACAAUGUUGCCAACCCACUUUCUGAAGCCCGGGAGGUGCAGGAAGACGGGGGCUUGCCUGGGAGGCGGGAACCCAGAGCCCCCAGCCCACUGCCUUUCCUAGGAAGACCUAGAGCCACACCCGCGCCCCUGGGGGCUGGGCCCCUAGCACCCGGGCUGCAGGCUGCAGGCCGGCCUUCCCGCCUUCGUGCCAUCGUGCCUUCCCGUGGGCCGGCCUGUGCUGCAGCGGCCUGGGAGCCUGGACCUUCUCCCACUGGGCUCCCUGCCUGGGCCAAGGCCGGCACUUUUUUGCUCAGAAGAAGUAAUGUGCAGUUUUGAAAUGUCAGUUCCCAGAGGGAGCCAUGCUGGGAAGAAGGAAGUAGGCCAGAAGUCCAAGGCUGCACUGUGGUGUGAGGGUGGCUUUGUCCAAGAUCUCCCGCUCAGCUUGACUACCAGAGGGUAUGAGCAGGGCAGUCAGGGGGGCAGAACCUGGCCCCUGGGCAGAUGUGGAAUUAGGCUGAGAAGCCCCCUCUUUGGGGGCCUGGCAAUGCAUGUGCUUGAGUUAAAGUGCAGGGCAGACAGACAGAUGCAGGCUAGCCCCAGAGCAUUUGUACCCAACAUGGCUCAUCCCCUCAUCCCGUUUC